CCACAUUCACUGUUUCCUCCAAUUCUUCUCUUAUCGGCCCGUCUGUACGAUUAUUCCCAUCAUCAGGCAUUGUCUUCACGAACCAUCUCGACGAGUCAGACCACGCACUCUGUGCCAACUGACGACCAACGCCUCGAUUCUCCGCAUCCUCUCGAAUGCAUCUCAAGUCGAGCUGGUCCCGGUAGAAUAGACAUACCGAUAAAUGUCCACGAUGCACAUGGCUAUCCUGCUCGCUAUUCCCUUGUGCGCCUGACCCCCAAAAGUUGCACUCGCUCUCUCGAGUUGACCACAUUCAACGUAAUCGUCUUCUCUUGA